AGCCGAGCGGGCCUCUGAGCGAAGUCAGCGGGCAGUGGGAGCCUCGCUGUCCGCUGCGAUGAUUCCCCCGCAGGAGGCUUCCGCCCGGCGGCGGGAAAUCGAGGACAAACUGAAGAAGGAGGAGGAGACGCUGUCCUUCAUCCGAGACAGCCUGGAGAAGAGCGACCAGCUCACUAAGAACAUGGUGUCUAUCCUGUCGUCCUUUGAGAGCCGUCUCAUGAAGCUGGAGAACUCCAUCAUCCCUGUGCACAAGCAAACGGAGAAUCUGCAGAGGCUGCAAGAGAAUGUCGAAAAGACGUUAUCCUGUCUGGACCAUGUCAUCAGCUAUUACCACGUAGCCAGUGACACUGAGAAGGUCAUCAGAGAAGGCCCCACAGGUAGGCUGGAAGAAUACCUGGGAAGCAUGGCCAAAAUCCAGAAGGCUGUGGAAUAUUUUCAGGACAAUAGCCCAGACAGUCCAGAGCUCAACAAAGUGAAGCUACUCUUUGAGAGAGGGAAGGAGUCGCUGGGGUCUGAGUUCCGCAGUCUGAUGACCAGGCACAGCAAGGUCGUCUCCCCUGUGCUCAUCCUGGACCUGAUCAGUGGGGAUGAUGAACUGGAGGUCCAGGAAGAAGGGACCCUGGAGCACCUGCCUGAAAGUGUACUCCAGGAUGUGGUCCGCAUCUCCCGCUGGCUGGUGGAGUACGGCCGGAACCAAGACUUCAUGAAUGUCUACUACCAGAUUCGCUCCAGCCAGCUGGACCGCUCCAUCAAAGGCCUAAAGGAGCAUUUUCGCAAAAGCAGUUCUUCCUCUGGGGUUCCCUACUCCCCUGCCAUCCCCAACAAGAGGAAAGACACACCUACCAAGAAGCCCGUCAAGCGGCCAGGGACGAUCCGUAAGGCUCAGAACCUUCUGAAACAGUAUUCCCAGCAUGGUCUAGAUGGGAAAAAGGGGGGCUCUAACCUCAUUCCUCUGGAAGGGAGAGACGACAUGCUGGAUGUGGAGACGGACGCCUACAUCCACUGCGUCAGCGCCUUUGUCAAGCUGGCCCAGAGUGAAUACCAGCUCCUGAUGGACAUCAUCCCUGAGCACCAUCAGAAGAGAACCUUCGACUCCUUGAUUCAGGAUGCACUGGAUGGGCUGAUGCUUGAAGGGGAGAACAUCGUGUCUGCUGCCAGGAAAGCCAUCAUCCGCCAUGACUUCUCCACAGUGCUCACAGUCUUCCCCAUCCUGCGGCACCUCAAGCAGACCAAGCCUGAGUUUGACCAGGUGCUCCAGGGCACAGCUGCCAGCACCAAGAACAAGCUGCCUGGCCUCAUCACCUCCAUGGAGACCAUUGGAGCCAAAGCACUAGAAGACUUCGCUGACAACAUUAAGAAUGACCCAGACAAAGAAUACAACAUGCCCAAGGAUGGCACCGUUCAUGAGCUCACAAGUAACGCCAUCCUUUUCCUACAGCAGCUUCUGGACUUCCAGGAAACAGCGGGUGCCAUGCUGGCCUCCCAAGUUCUUGGGGACACAUACAAUAUUCCUUUAGACCCCCGAGAAACCAGCUCUUCGGCCACCAGCUACAGCUCCGAGUUCAGCAAGCGCCUGCUGAGCACCUAUAUCUGCAAAGUCUUGGGUAACCUGCAGCUGAACUUACUGAGCAAGUCCAAGGUGUAUGAGGAUCCAGCAUUAAGCGCUAUCUUCCUACAUAACAAUUACAACUACAUCCUCAAGUCCCUGGAGAAGUCUGAGCUGAUCCAGCUGGUGGCUGUGACCCAGAAGACUGCUGAGCGCUCCUACCGCGAGCACAUCGAGCAGCAGAUCCAGACCUAUCAGCGGAGCUGGUUAAAGGUGACCGAUUAUAUCGCAGAGAAGAAUCUUCCAGUGUUCCAGCCUGGAGUCAAGCUCCGGGACAAGGAGCGGCAGAUGAUUAAAGAACGUUUCAAGGGAUUCAAUGAUGGCCUUGAAGAGCUGUGCAAGAUUCAGAAGGCCUGGGCCAUUCCAGACACAGAGCAGAGGGACAAGAUUCGACAGGCUCAGAAAAACAUUGUCAAGGAGACCUAUGGGGCCUUUCUGCACAGGUAUGGCAGCGUGCCCUUCACCAAGAACCCUGAGAAGUACAUCAAGUACCGUGUGGAACAGGUGGGCGACAUGAUCGAUCGCCUUUUCGACACCUCUGCCUAACCCUGCCAGUGUUCUGCCUGGUUCCACCACACUCACACGUUGUUGGACUGGUAAACCAGCGUUAACAUACCUCCAGGCCAGGUGAGUCUGAAGUCCUUUGCAACAGAGACCUUUGUACCCCACCCGGGAGCCCUGACCUGGUGUUGGCAUCUCCCCUGCGGCCCACAUCUCCUGUCAAACCAGCACUCACCCAGAAUGUGGCUCCUUUCACACCUUGGGUUUCACAAUGAAGCGUACCCGGUGGGGCCACAUGAUGGCUUCUGAGGCAGAAGACAAAAAGACAGAGACUGGUGUCCCCAGCUGCCGUGUGGAUCCAAGAAUGGGACGGCAGCCUCCACCCUGGCCUACUUCCAUCCUCUUCAGCCCACAGAUGUGAGCAGGCUCAAAACACAGGCCAAACGACAGCCAGCAGACCUGGGGGAAGGCUGUCAGUGUCGACCUCCUCUCUUGGAUUUAGUUCAUUGUCCACAGUUCUGUGCUCUGGGAUGUCCCACCACCUGGGACUCCCUGGUGACAAGAGGCAGGAGAGCUCUGUCUCUGGUCCCUUUGGAUCUGGCACACUGCAAGAAGUAUUUGGAGGAGUUCUGAACCACCCUGUGGGGCCAGCCGCUCAGUCAUCUGUUCCCUGGUUCCCAGCUUCGGUACUCAUGGCCCAGGCCAUGCAGCCGUGGUUGCAGGGGCUUUAGGCUGAAUGCAUGGGGGACAGGGAACUAGUGGACAGAGGCGAGCAAUUCAGGAGCAGAGUGGGAGAUCAUGAGGGUAAAGUUAGGCUGUACUACUUAGGAUGGCAGUGAACAGCCAUAGUCAAGAAGGGCAGGCCCCAACGGUGCAUUUGAGUGAUGGCUUGUUUUGCUUUUGUACACAGAGAGGGGAGCUCAGGAUGCAUGAGCCUCCUGUUAGAGAAUGGAGCUGACGCUUCUCUAGAGACACUGUUCUAGCUCUCACCUGGCUAUGGGAACUAUGCUGCACCCUUAAAUCUGUAUUCUAGGCCCCACCCUAUUACAGACCAGCCUGUCCACCAUGAGGAGUCUGGCCAGCUGUCAGUGUGCAGCUGAUCCCUCUGCUCUGUUAAGUCUACUCCAGCGCCUCGUUCCUCAUGGCCUCGCACUCUCAGAUGGGCCUAGCCCUUGCCUACCUCCCACACUAGUCCUGGGCUCUUCUGAAGGUCACUCUUUUCCACUCUGGGCACGGGGUUGGGGCUGCUCUUGUCUCCAAGGUGUAUCUCGACGCAGCCUUGGUGCAGAGGAAGAGCAGCAGCAGAUGAAGACGUAAACUGCCAAUGAAGGGACAGAGGCUGGCCCUGAACUGUCCAGUCUUGGUGACUAGGUGGGGCUGGGGGGGGGGCAGGGGGCAUCAUACUGAGCAGUGGAUUGCAGGAAGGGGAACUGGGCAGAGUCUGCCCUUGGAGGAGUGGAAGGCAAGGUAGCUAGCUGAGCAGCAGUGUUGCCUCUGGGUAUAUACCAUCCCUCUCCCCUCCACCAGGCUCUACCAGCCUCUUCCCAGGUAGAAGUGUCACCUGGAGCAGGGCAUGGGAUGCUGGCGUGGGACCUGAGCUUUCAAGUCACGAACUGCAUGUUCUCUCUUGAUGCAGUCUCAUCCUGCACAUGGGUGUGGAACACCAGCCCCAUCACUGAAAAGGAUAGGGUGCCAAGUGUGAACUAGGGAGAGACUGAAGCACACGGAAGCUGCGGGCUUCCGAGGGCCUCUGAGGGCCAUGGGAGAGGAGCUAAUCCACAGGUUUUCACAGCCUCUGGAAGCACAUCAGAUGGCCUCCAGUUAAAGAAGAGCCUUAGAUUCAGAGAUGAAUUUUCCUUGUGGAAAUAAAUGCACUUGGCAGCACCUCA